CGUUCAACAUCAUUUUAGAGACCAUGGAAAUGUGUCCACCCGAGAAACAAAGCAAGCCGUUCUUUUUCCAUUUUCGGGUGGCACACGACCGCAAAAGACCUUCGUUUGUGCGCGGUGCUAUGAAUAUGACCACUUCCUACAUCUUCGACGACAAUACAGACAUCGCGAUUGAGAUGGCUUCGUGGAGUUCCCGCGGCGGUUGGAAGGACAACGCUUUCAAAAUCCGCUUGAAGCGCGCCUGCUUCACAGCCCCUCAGUACCUUCCGACAGUGUACAACACCCUUAAGGCAACUCUGUUCGGCGAAACGCAAUGUCCCUGGCCACCGGGAGCUUACUAUCACCCCAAUGUGUCGAUGGAAAUUCGGUUCACUUUACCAGUCUUUUACUAUGGGAAGUAUCGUGCAGACCUUGGAUUCACGGAUCACGCUACUAACGAGAUGGAGGCUUGUGUGCGAGCUACCAUCAAGGUGGUCCCCAAGACCCGCUGAGAUGAGACACCAUCGCAGUCAGCGCUCACACUGUUAGGGCCGGCCUUACAUACACUAUC